ACAUGUAUCUUAGAUUUCGUUCCUUUUGCAAACAAAAAUCUUAAAUAUUGCCAAUGACCAAUUUCUUUUUUUUUUUUUUUUUUAACAACGCAUUUAAUGUAUAUAUGUAUGUAAAGGGGAAAAAAAUGAUAUAUUGAAGAUUUCACAUUUAUUCCACUGAAGAGCCGUAGAGCGAAAGCGCUUUGGAAUAAAUGUGAAAUCCUCAACUUAUUAUUUCUGUCUAUAUUUUGCGUAUACCUAUUUCAUUCUAAUCUAUCUAUCUAUCUAUCUAUCUAUCUAUCUAUCUAUCUAUUUAAUUUGACAGAAAAUCAGUAAGAUGGGUUUGUGGUGAUUUCAAAACUCUCUCUACAACCUUAGCAGGGGUACAUUGAAUUAUUUCAUGGUAACGAAGAUAAUUGCUUUUUUCUAAAUGUAUUUUUUUUUCCUUUUGAAGCUAUGCAGCCUUACAAUAGCCACGUGAUUUUCCCGCCACGACCGCCAUUUUUAAGUCGCCACUCUCCUUUAUCCUAUCCCUUGCAAUCACACCCAGUGUAUCUCCCUUUCCAUGGAAAUCCUUUCGCACUACCGCCUCCAUUAUACUUUGCUGACAGGGUUACAGCAGAUUUGCUGUUUGAAGCGCAGUUUGGUUGUCAGAGGAAGCAGAGGAGAUGCAGAACAGCAUUCACAAACCAACAACUGUCCACACUGGAGAAAACUUUCACUAAAACCCACUAUCCGGAUGUGGUCAUGAGAGAGAGGCUAGCGAUGAUGACCAAUCUCCCAGAGGCUCGAAUUCAAGUAUGGUUCAAAAACAGAAGAGCUAAAUAUAGAAAGAAACAAAAAGUCUUGCCUAGUUUGGAAUCCAGUCAUGAGUCAAGGGAUGCGGGCCAAUCAGAAGCAAGUGUUGCCAUAGAGACUGACGCGACAGCAGACGAGGAAAUGACAGAUGUCAUCGUGGAUGUAGUGAACGGCGAGGAGGCAGAUUCGUGCACGAUAGAAACAGAUGAAAAAUCUGGACUAGAAAAUGAAGAACCAGACCCAAGCAGUAGAAGUUCUUUAUUAGUAACACAAGAAUCUGAAGUACAUUGCAAACAUGAUGACAAAAAGAGAAACGGUGACUAUGUUGAAUCUAAGACGCAGGCAUUACCGUCAUCAGCUAUAUAUCCAACUGGAAAUGAGACUUUGAAAUUUCCAUUGACAACACCACUGCCUUCAUUUCAAAUAUUCAACAAUCAGAGACAAUUUGAUCUUCCGCCUCCUCACAGUUUUGAACUAGCCUUGUGUGUAAGAGACGGUACCCUCCCUUCGUCGUAUCAUAGAGCCUCGCAUUUUGGUGACGGUCACCCACUGUUUCUUAGCAAAUACAAAAGAGAGGGCCCUGCAUCUGCCCCCUACUAUAACACUAGUAUUGAAAGUCUUCACUCUAAGGCAAAACUGUUUUAUGAAUCUUUAGGUAAAUCAUAAAAGCACUUAUAUGUGAUAUGCCUGAAGUGCUCUGUAGGGUCGCCAAAAAUGACAGUCAUGGUCAUGUUAUUGUUUCAAAUCAAAAUUGCGUCGAUCCAGAAUUAUGACACCAUAAGAAAGGCGCUAAGAUGGGUACUUAGCCUUGAAAUGACUUAUGUUUCUUACAGUUAUUCGUUUAAACAUAUCGAUCACAGGCUUGGACAAAUUUUAUUUAUCUUUCCAGAACAAUAUGUGACAGAAAAAAUGUUUGUUUCUUUUCUAAGAGAAAAAGUUAACGAAUAUUAGCUUUUUAAAGUAGAUUGUAGUCAAGUUGAGAAAUUAUGCCACCUUUGAAACUAUCUAUCGAAAUGAAUGUUAAUUAUAAGAAAUUUUAACGGACAUGAUAUUUUUUUGAAAUAAAAAGAAUGUCAUUUUAUUAUUUUAAGCUUCUCGGGGGACUUAUACACACAUGUAGUUGGUUUUAUACUGUUUAACGUCCCUCUCGAGGAUAUUUCACUCAUAUGGAGACGUCAUUAUUGUCUGUGAAAGACUGCAAAAUAUAGGUCUAUGCUCGGCGAUUAUGGACUUUGAGCAGGGACGGAUCUUUAUCGUGCCACACUUGCUGUGACACGGCGCUUCGGUUUUUGCGGUCUCAUCCGAAGGACCACCCCAUUUAGUCGCCUCUUACGACAAGCAAGGAGUAAUGAGGACCUAUUGUAACCGGAACACGUAUGUUGUCUUGAUGUUGCAAGAGCAUUGUAAUGAAACAGUGAUGGCUGAUGAAAUAUGUGUAGCUCCUGUAGAGUAAAAUGUGGGCAACAAAAUGAUUUCAUCUGUUCAUCAUGCUGUGAAAUAGUUUGGAUGAUAAAUAUAAAAA